AUAGACUGUGUGGCCCGCGGCCGAGUAGGUUGGUGCAGAAGCAAUGAAAACGCAGCUUGCUUUCUAAUCACGACGGCAUUCCUCAACUCUGCUCGUUCAAGUCGCCGAGACAAGUUCACUCAAGCGUCAAAUCAUGGUUCGCAAAGUGGCAAAUUUGGCGGAGUUCAACGCCAUCCUGGAGGAAGCCGGAGUCAAGCUGGUGGUGGUGGACUUCACAGCCACGUGGUGUGGCCCCUGUAGACAGAUUGGCCCAGAAUUUGAGGAUGAAUCACAGAAGCCUGAGAACGCAAACGUGAUUUUCCUGAAGGUGGACGUGGAUGAGGCUAAGGAUGUGAGUAGAUCCUGCAAAAUUAGGUGUAUGCCCACAUUCCAGUUUUACAAGAAUGGAGUAAAGGUGGACGAGUUCUCUGGUGCUGACAAAGCUACACUGGUUAAGAAACUGGCAGCUCUGAGAACAUAAAAACUGCAGUAGCCACUGAUACCCAUCUGUACACACAUAAGAGGAACUUCCAGUUUCCUGUUAUGUACGUUUUGUUUCACACAGGCAAUAAUUCAUUCCACUCAUGUACACACUGUCGCCCUGUCCCUUGAGUUUCUGUAUUGACUGUAUUGACUACUUUUAUAUGACAAAUUGGCUCCUGUCCAACUCAUGAACUUUCUUUGUAAUGUGUUCACCAAAGAGGAUUUAAUAAAUGAACUUACAUCGAG